AUGGUUCUCCCGCCCAGCACCUUUGCCGCCUCCAGCUCUACACCCAGCACGGGCACCUGCAACCGCAAGAAGGCCAUCCUUGAGCCCGUCUGUCCCCACCACCGCCUCCCGUUUGCCUUUGCCGCCCGACUGUACCUGUCCAGGGCCAACCAGCCUUGGGACGACCCCAACUCAGAGGAUGAGGAAUAUCUCAGGGCCUUGGACGAAGCAUGGGAGGCGUUCGAGGCUGAACUGGACCUCAAGUAUGGUACUGGACCCUACCAAAUCAACAUCAAUUCCCAGUAUCAAGAAAGCCUCAAAGAUGAAAUGACUGACUCAGCCUCACCCGCAACACCCACUCCUGCAUCCACUUCCUGA